AUUAGGACAUGCGUGUUGGGGGGUAGGUAGUUGGAGCCGGGCCCCACUUUCGAGUUGUCUUAAACGCAGGAACCAAAGACCGUGGAGGGGCCAGGAACCGUUAGGGAGAUAAGAAAGGUGCUGUAGCUCACAUUCACACUUACGGCCACAAGGCCACGGGAACAGGCUGUCUCCUCACAGCAUCAGCUUUCCCUUUGGCUUCAUUUCCCUCUGGAGAGCUCUUUCUCACGGACGCUGCAGAAACCGAAGGGGCAGCCCCUGCCCUGCUACCCUCCAGGGAGCCACCAUUCUAGAUCCCACGCUCCUCUGGACAUCAUGUGAUCUGAGGGACGACUUGCCUUUCUUCUGAAAAACGGCUACAGAGUUAAAAACACAAGCCCCAUGAAUAACAACGCAGCCGUGGGACGCCGCUUUCUCCCAGCCUCCCCGCCGCAGGAAAAGAUCCACUGCCUCACCGGAAAACGCGACCGGAAGGGGUGGGCUUUCCACCUGGACCAGGCUCGUCUGCCACCAUGGCUUUACGGGGGGUUGUUGGCAUUUUCUUCCUCUCUGCUGUCCCCCUUGUGUGUCUGGAGCUCCGGCGUGGGAUCCCGGAUAUAGAAGAGGAAGAGAAGAAUGAGAAAAGACAAAAACUUGUGAGAAAAAAACAACAAGAGACACAAGGAGAGAAGGUCAGCAGAUACAUAGAGAACGUUUUAAAACCUCACCAGGAAAUGAAGUUGAAAAAACUGGAGGAGCGCUUUUAUCAGAUGACGGGUGAAGCCUGGAAAUUAAGCAGUGGUCACAAACUUGGGGGUGAUGAAAGUACAAGUCAGACAUCUUUUGAAACAUCAAACAGAGAAACAGCAAGGAGCCAGAACUUGCCCAAACCUUUCACUGAAUUCUCAUUGCCUGCUGAACAGCCCACACGGAAGGAGAUUCCUGAUUUACCUGAAGAACCUACUGUAACAGCAGAAGAAGUAGUUACAGUUGCUCUCCGAUGUCCCAGUGGGAGUGUCCUGAGGAGAAGGUUUUUGAAGUCCUGCAGCUCACAGGUCUUAUUUGACUGGAUGAUGAGAAUUGGGUACCACACAUCUCUAUACAGCCUUUCUACUUCCUUUCCCAGACGGCCUUUGGCAGUGGAGGGAGGCCAGUCGCUGGAGGACAUUGGAAUAACUGUGGACACUGUACUCAUCCUGGAAGAGAAGGAGCAGAGCAACUAGGGAAGAAGAGCGAGCUCCCUGUUCUGCAUGAACUCAGCUGUGCCAUGACCUUCUGACACAAUAAAGGCUUCACGUUGAAAAUCACACUAUACCUCGAUUGAGCUCAUGGCAGUAAACACUUGAAUGCUGCUAUCUGUGGGAAUAGGAUUGGAAAAUGAUUGCUUUCUGCAUAUAAUAAUGUGUGGACUGUGCCAUUUUAUAAUGUCCCAAAUGAGAAUGAGGUAAAAAUAUAUACAGUUAGGUACUCAGUAAUUAAUAUUUUCCCAGCUGACAUUUCUCAGUGUGUUAGAAAACAAAGCUGUAGAACUUUGCUUUUCUGCCUCUUCAAUCCAUCUUUCCACCCAAUGAAUAUUUCAUGAUUUAGUCAAAUCCUUCAGAGUCUUAGAAGGAAUGUUUAUUCUGCUGUAUUUCUGUGAAAUUACAAACUUGAAAGAAGUUUCAAAGCUCUUGAAGGCUUUAAAAUUCUUUCUGAUGGGUAUGCAUUGCAGUUGAUUAACUCAUGUUUGCAACUUAUAUAAUUUUUUUCUUGUAUUAAUUGUAACAUUUACAAAGUUCCAAAUGAAUCAGUAUUUUUAAAAAUAAAACUAUGAAAGCAUUAAAACAUAGGCGAAUUUU